UUGAUAAGCUAUAAGUAUAAAAACUGGUGUCGCUAUAGUUUACUUAAAUUUUGCUAGACGGUUUUUUACACCUGCAACAUGCAAACAAAGUUUAAGCUAUUUUGUUUACUUUUCGCAAUAUUUACAUUUGCGGUGCCAAAUUUGGCAAAGAGGUCUCUACCAAAAAUAUCUUUAAAAAAGUUCACUACUUCGGAAGAGCGUAUAAAAUCGCACGGUUAUCCUGCUGAAUCACACUUCAUUGAAACUGAAGACGGUUACAUCCUCAAUCUAUUCCGCAUACCGUACUCACAUAAAUUACAAAAUCAAAAUGCUUAUCGUCCUGUCAUAUUACUACAACAUGGACUUUUGAGUAAUUCGGAUUGUUGGCUAACCAGUGGACCCGACCAUUCAUUGGCUUAUUUGCUUGCUGAUGCUGGUUACGAUGUUUGGCUCGGCAAUGCCCGUGGCAAUAUAUACUCGAGAGAUAAUAGCAAAAUAUCACUAAACAAUCCGAAGUUUUGGCAUUUUAGUUGGCAUGAAAUUGGUGUUGUUGAUAUUGCAGCUAUGAUCGAUUAUAUACUAGAAACAACUAAUGAAAAACAACUGCAUUACGCUGGACACUCGCAAGGCACUACAGUGUACUUUGUGCUUAUGUCAGAUCGUCCUGAAUAUAAUAGUAAAAUUAAGUCUGCUCAUAUGUUAGCUCCUUGUGCUUUCUUUGGACAUGGCACAUCCCCUGUAUUUGCACUGUUUGCACCACUGAUUGGUACACCCGGUACUUUGUGGGAAAGUAUGUUACAAGAUUUGGAGUUGAUGCCACAAAACAAACUCAUUAAUCGCAUGGUGGAUACAUCUUGUGGUGGAGCAGGAAUCGCUACGCACUUAUGUGAAAAUAUGUAUUUACGAUUUAUAGGUGAUGGAUACCAAAACACAAACAUCUCAUCAAUGCAAUUGUUGCUCGAAACUCAUCCAGCUGGAUCAUCAAGUAACCAAGGCAUACAUUAUAUACAAUCACAUGUUUCUGGCAAAUUCAGGCAUUAUGAUAUGGGAGAGAAAAAGAACCAACAGACCUACAAUCAACCUACACCACCUGACUAUGAUUUAAGUCAAAUUACUGCACCUACCUAUUUGUAUUCAAGUCAAAAUGAUGCACUUUGUGCUCCUGCAGACGUUGAUACGUUGGUUGCGGCUAUGCCAUAUUUAACUGAAGAUUAUCGCAUUCCUGACCCCUCAUGGAAUCAUUUAGAUUUUAUUGUGGCUGAUGGUAUGAAAGAAGUCUUAAACGACCUUAUCAUAGAAAACUGUGCUAAGCACUAAAUUAUAAAUAUUAUAAUAAAUAUUAAAUAUUGCAAAUUUUGAU